CAACAAAAAAACAAAGAAAGGGAAGGAAAAAUCAGAACUUCGAAGAAAAAGGAAAAUGAGAAGACGACCUGGAAUCGGAGGGCUCCAAACAGCUGCAGCUGCUAGGGAUCAAUAUCGAGCGUUGGGAGAAAAUGUAGCCAAGUUAAGAACCGACCUCAUGAAAGAGCAGCUUGCUACUUUUCGUUCUCAACUCGAAGAAUUCGCUCGAAAACACAAGAAUGAUAUUCGUAAAAAUCCGUCUUUUAGGUCUCAAUUUCACGAAAUGUGUGCAAAAGUAGGAGUGGAUCCUUUGGCUUCAAAUAAGGGAUUUUGGGCUGAGCUUUUAGGAAUCGGUGAUUUCUAUUACGAACUUGGAGUUCAAAUUGUUGAGAUUUGCUUGGCAACUAGGCCUCUUAAUGGAGGUUUGAUUGACCUGCAGGAACUCUGCAAAUUGCUUCGUCAGAAACGAAAACAUGAUCGCGAAGCUGUAUCCGAAGAUGAUUGUUUGCGUGCUAUAAGUAAGCUGAAGACAUUAGGUAGUGGAUUUGAGGUGAUUUCUGCUGGAAAGAAAAAGCUUGUUCGGUCUGUUCCAACUGAAUUGAAUAAAGAUCAUAAUCAAAUUCUGGAGCUGGCACAGGCUCAAGGCUAUGUGACCGUUGAUGAGGUAGAGAGGCGGCUUUCAUGGACACAUGGGCGUGCUAUUGAUGCCCUUGAUACCUUAUUAGAUGAAGGUCUUGCUAUGAUUGAUGAUGGUCAUAGAGAUGGGAAACGCUGUUAUUGGUUCCCCUGUGUAUCCUCCAUCUCCUCAUUUGGGGCUGAUAAUUAACAUUAGUCUGUGUUUUUCGUCAUCCUUUCUCUUUUUUCAAAUUCAAGUGUGUUGCAAGUUUCAAAUUGUUUAUGUUUGAAUUUCUGGCAGAAUUUUAUAAAUGGUAACUCUACCUGCCAAAUGUUAUUAUAUCUUCAAGUGUUUAUUAAUAACACUAUGUUCUUGCA